AUGGCAGGAAACUCGUGUUAUUCUGCGAUCUGGGCUAGGGAAUCUACCAUGCCUUCCUGGCCAGGGAGCACCCCUUCCGGUCCACAAGCGAUCAAGCAAAGCAUCUUCUACACCGCAUAUAAAUCAGAAGUCGAGAUUCGUUACGAGAUACCCAGCUUGCCUGGCUCAAUGCUCGAACACAUCGAGGAUCGUCUCACGUUUCCGUCGCCGCCAGCAGCGAAGUGCGUCUUUGACGAGACUAUAGCUUGGUACUACUUCCUCGCUGACAUUGCCGCCCGCCAUUUGAUCAACCGCAUCGUCGACGCCAAAGUUGAGAUCUCUGCGUGCCCCAGCGAAGUACAAGCCAGGUCUUUACUCCGAUCAUAUGAGGUUUUCGGCUCACAGCUACAAGACUGGUAUCUGUCCCUACCACCAGAGAUAUCGUUCCCGCCACCGGAUGCAACUAUCUGCCCCGAGACGAAUAUCUAUAAAAGAAUCCUUCGUUCGCGGUAUCUCUUGAUCAAGGAGCUUCUGUGUCGGCCGUUCGUACGGUUGUCUCUUAACUACGAGGUUGAACUCCAUAACGCUCUAGUUGAUGAGAUAGUCAGUAUAGCCUCUCUGGGUCUCCAUUAUUGUGCCUGGAGACUUAAGGCUGUGGAUCGAAUGAGUAAGCUUGAUCAUGGACUGUGGAUAUGGAUUCGAAAUAGUACAUCGUGUUCCAUGAUACUAAUUGGGGCUGCUCGGAGCAUCCAAUUCCGGUCCGGCACUGCGCGGCUAGUUCUUCCUGAGGAUUGA